CAACACAGUUUUCAGCUCUGAUCUCCAGCAUCUGCAGUCCUCACUUUCUCCUGUCACUGCAUAAGCAGUGAAGCAGUGCUGAACUGGCAGAAGCAUCCCCAGUUCUUUCAAUGUCUAUGAAGGAAUAAUGCACUGUCAGAGGAUCAGAGACUGUGAUUUGCAGCGCGUACAAUAGGGGUUUGCCACUCUAUUUCAUUCGCAGUACCGCUGCAAUGCUCCCAGAGAUCCUAUACUAAAGGAGCGCUUUCAGAGGAUCAAUACUGAGCGCUGCACUGUCAGCUGGAAGUAUUACAGCUGUGCUGCUCAGUCAGACGAUCAGAACUGAGGAUGGGCCACAAUGUCAGAAGUGUUACCUGUCCAUCAGGGUGAACUCAUGAAAAAACCGACAGAAACGAAUGAAUCUCUCAGUUACCAGACAACGUCAUUUGACCCUGAAAGACGGAGUUCUUACGCAAUGGGCGAAGUAAUUUGCAUUGCCACUGUGACAGGAUCUCUAAGUGUGGUAACCAUCGUUGAGAACGUUCUCGUCAUUAUUUCCAUCAAAAUAAACAGGCAUUUGCAAACUAUUAACAACUACUUCAUUUUCAGCUUAGCCUGCGCUGAUAUUACUGUUGGUGUAACCAUGAAUCUAUUCACCAUUUACAGUCUCAUUGGCGACUGGCCUCUGGGGCCAGUGGUGUGUGAUUUAUGGCUUACUAUCGAUUACGUUGUCACCAAUGCCUCUUCCAUGAAUCUCCUUAUCAUUAGCUUUGACCGCUACUUCUGUGUGACCAAACCCCUUAGCUACCCCGUAAGGAGGACGCCAAAGGUUGCAGGGAUGAUGAUCGCAGCUGCUUGGGUGCUGUCAUUUCUCUUGUGGGCUCCUGCCAUUCUCUUCUGGCAGUUUAUCGUAGGGCAGAGAACAGUAAGUGAAGGAGAAUGUUAUAUACAGUUCUUCUCCAAUCCUGCUGUCACUUUCGGCACUUCAAUAGCUGCCUUCUAUCUCCCAGUCACUAUCAUGGUGACUUUGUACAUUUCAAUAUCACGUGCUAGCAAAAGUCGAAUGAAGAUGGAUAAAAAGAAUUGGUCUCAAUCGAAUAAGGAACCAGUUUCUCCCAGUCUGGAGGUGGGUAAGAGACAGAUAUCGAGUCAGAGGAACAUAUCAAAUGCUUCUGAUGGGCUGCCAUAAGUGAAAACGCAAAAUGGUAUAAUAAGUCAUGGAAUCAUAAUUGAUCAUUUUGGUGAAAGAGUGGAAGCGGUCUGGAGUGAGUCAACUUCUUCCAGCACAAUUUCAUUAAACAGAAACGUGGAAGCGUCUGUCCAUGAGAAUGGAAAUGCCUGCCCUCCGAUGGAUAACUGCAAACUCUCUUAUUUAAAGAUGGCUAAUACGUCACAAAACAGUAACGACAAUGGAACCACACCAGGAAUUAAUUGCAGACAUUAGUAGCAAUAACGAGAAAGACAGAGAGAUUACGGAAAGACAAAAAAUCGAUAAAACAAUUUAUAAGACUGUUCAGAAGAGGAAUGUAACUGUAACCAAAGGAAGAAAGUGACAAGGACCAUUCUGGCUAUUCUCCUGGCAUUCAUUGUCACUUGGAGUCCAUUCUAUGUUAUGGUGCUCAUUCGCACGUUCUGUUCCUUUUGUUUUCCAGGGAAAAUUUGGGAUAUCGGAUAUUGAAUAUUUUACAUCAACAGCACUGUCAAUCCAGCCUGCUUUGCACUCUGUAAUGCUACUUUCAAGAAAACUUUCAAACACCUUCUCUUGUGCCAGUACAAGGACGUUGGUGCUAAAAACUAAAAAAAAGAACCACAAGAAAAAUAUUCUGAGUACUCCAUGUAAAGUAAUGAUGGUGAUUUUCAAAUAUACAUAUUUAAAUCUAUGGGGAUGCGAUGUGCUUUCUGCGUCAGAGAAGACUGAGUAGACCUUUUGAAUUAUCAUUUUAGAAGCAACCUUUAAUUUUAUUCAAUUAAUUAGUAAUACCUGUUAUAACUGUUUUUACGAUUUGUGACUAAACUAAGA